AUGGAUUCAGGCGAAUCCCAGUAUCUCUUCAAAGAGACCCGCUUGAACCUCGAACCUCCAGCCUCGUCAUCCAUCGUCACGAUUCGAGUUCCCGGCAACUCCUCCACCCACGGUCGCAGCCAUCGCAAGAACGAGCGCGACAACUCUGUCGAGGACGAGACGACCUUUCGAUUAAAGAACUUGGCGGUUGCGUCGUCCAUCUACCACCGACAAUGGCACGACACGCCUCGCAGCUUUCUCUGGCGGGUCUUGGAGGACGGGACUCUACUCAGCAUUCGGGUUGUUGAUGUUUGCAAGAAGGCCCAGGCAGCAGAUGCGCCUCUGGUUCUGAAUUUUCACUUCCCCGUACCCAUACAGCCGGGCUGCGUGACAUUCUCAGACCCGGAGGAGCAUGAUUCCCUUUGUGUCUACAUCCUGGACCAGUCGAACCAGCUGUACACAUUCACCCUGCGGCCUGACCUCUUCAGAAAGCGAGCGGCUAUCGAUGCUGGGCUUUCUGAGCUCGGAAAGGUCCAGUCGCCGGCGGGACUGGGUUUCAAGCACGCGCACCGGAUGGUGGCUGUGACGGCGGAGACUCUCCUCGUGACCGUCAACGACGGCGGCAUGAUUCGUUUGGACAGGAACAAGUCCCAUGUUGCAUCGGCUCCCAUUUGGAAGGAGUCAUUCUUUAACGUCCAGGGAUGGGCACAGAACCUUCGCAGCUUGCUCCCAUUCCAGGGGAAACACACGAUCAAGUACGGCAAAACCAACAUGGAAUACAGUGCGGCGACAGCAGUACAGGUUUCGUCAUUUGGACUGGACGAUUGCCUUUUCGCCAUCACCGUCUGUCUCGACCACCGAAUGCGAAUCUGGAACGUAAACGACGGCCAGAUUCUGUACACGGGCGACAUCCUAAACGCCGAGAGGAACCCACAAGAGAUCGGCAAGUGGGCGAUUGAUCCCACACAAGCUAACCUCGUCCAAAUCAUCGGACGAAACCGAGGACAGAGAAUUUGCGCGACCUUCUCUCCUAUCGGUGCUGGAGAGUUCAAGUUCUGGAAGAUCAUUGCGAAGAACAGCCAUUCCAUCGUCGUGGAGGACAUCUUCCCUAAGAACGCCUUGAUUCCUGUGACGCCGUCGUCGUCCGAUGUAUGGACCCUGGCCGAUUUUGUGCUCUCAUCACCCGCAGAGAGUGCUAUCCAACUAUGGACCCUGUGGAAGAAUAAUAUGACCUACCGGGUGCAAAGGCUGGAGGUUGAUCGGAAGAACAUGGCGCAGUCUUGGGAAUAUAACUGGGAGGGUGUCUACGUGGAUACCCCGACGCAGACGGCAGAGACAUCUGGACCUUGCGAUCCCACCGAUGUCACAGAGAAGUGGCUCCAACUGAUCAUGAAGCCUGGACGAUUCACAAAGGCCACGUUGGAGACGGCCUUGUCAAUCUACGAACGGGGAUUGGGCGCCACGAAAGAGGUUGGCAAGGGGCGGGGACUGGCUGAAUCGAUAUGUUCUGUUCUAGGAUCCACAGCUACGCUGGACCGAGGCGCUGCUGGUGCCAUGGACUACGAGCAGUUCCGUGCAUCCAGCGAGACUCAGUGGAGAAGGUUCCAUCGGCUUUUGAUGGAGCUCGACAAGCAACGAGGAGAGGCCAUAGGCCUGUCUUUGGACCCCAGCAGCGGCAUGACCUGGGUCGUGUGUUCCGACUUCCUCUCGGCCAUUAGAGACUGCAGCAGCAUCGAGCGGUUGUACCAUAACCUAUCAGCACCAGAGGAAGAUCAGGAGCAGCAAGCCGCUCUGGUGAGCUCAGCCCUGACCUUUGUAGAAGGGCUCCCGGACAACCUCGCCCAGCUCUGCCAAUCUGUUCUGCGGCCUGAGGUCUUCGAGGAUUCAUCAAAGACGGACCUUGAACGGAUACAGUACUUCUUUGACAAGUCUGGGUUCUGGCGAGGCAUCACGGAUGAGGAUUGCAACCAGGUUGUUGAGUCUCUGGGCCAAAACUUCAGCACAGUGACCGACAAGCUUUACGCCGACCUCAUGAACCUGAUUGCAGCACCAGUGGACGCUAAGAGCCGAAAUCUCCGCCACCCUCUGACCGAGUUUGGAAGGAAGCUCGUCGUGAAGGCAGUGCAAGAGAGCAUCGAGCUGCAGUGGAAAGUCUGCUUCAGUCAACUGGUCCUCCUCGUUCUCAUGGAAUUUGAGUGUGACCAGGAUACGGAUGCCCUCCAUAACCGUGUCGAUAUCGGAUUCGUUUACAGACAGCUCAUCGGUGCUCUACGACGGUUGGAGCUUCUAAAAUGGCUCUCCCAGACGGAGAUUUCGGGGGUUGUCGUCCGAGAGAAGGGCGAGGGUGCCAUCGCCAAGAAGGGAGCUGAGGAUAUCCAAGUGGUGACGGCCCUCGAGGCCAACGUGGGUCACCUCCUCGGUUUUGCCAACAUCAAGAAUGAGCCGCUCGCCAACAGCGUCACCGAUCUUAUCGUCAACCUUUGUGCGCCGGAUAGCGAUAUUGAGGUUUCCCCGUCGCUUAUCCAAUGCUCUCUGAUCAAGCGGGAGAGGGCUGAUCUAGCUCUGGACCUUGCUCCCUUCUGCGAUCAGAACCCCUUUUCUGUCUACGUGCAGGGUCGUGUAAUGUUGUCUCUCAAGGACUUUGGCUCUGCUGCGAUUCAUUUCAGAAAGGCGGCGAUUGGAAUGAGUACCGAGAAUGUUGAGAUAGAUCGCCAUAGUAGUGGCCUUCUUGACGACACCGAGUGGAACCUUCUUAACAACGGCCUCGCCAAAUACUACUCUCACAUUGUGGCGCUUUACGAGAAGCAGAAGGCGUACUCAUAUGUGGUUGAAUUUGCUAGACUGGCUAUGCAAUUCCUCAGCUUCAGGCCGGAUGCCGCCUUUAUGAAGACGGAAAUGCAGAGCCGCUUGUUCAAUGCUGCUGUAGCAACGUCGCAGUUCGAGCUUGCCCAUGCUAGUUUGUUAUCGAUCAAGGACCAGGCUAUGAGGCAUUCGAGCCUCCGAAAGCUAGUCGACAAGAUGUGCGAGACGUAUCACAACAUCGAGCUCGUGGCGUUGCCGUUCCCCGGCAUGCAACAGGAGGUUGAUGACAUCCUUGCUCUGAGAUCCAAGGCGACCCUAGACGUUAUGGACGGAUUCCCUUACCACCAGGUUCUCUAUUCGUGGAGAAUCAAGCACAGCAACUACAGAGGCGCGGCGUCGGUGCUGCUAGAUCGCAUCCAAAAGCUGCGGUCCGCCGGAGAAGGAGAUGAAGUUACUGGGGACGAUAUCCUUGACACACCCGUGACGAGGCAGUACUUGCUUCUCAUCAAUGCCCUCAGCUGCGUGGACCCCAAGCAGGCCUGGAUAUACGACGAACAGACGGCGGGACAGGAGCGAAACGGCGAGACGGCCGGAAAGCGCAAGGUGGUAUCAUUGGCGGAUAUCCGGAAGCAGUAUCAGGAUGAGCUAGAUCGGAUUGCAGCCAUCCACAACAACCAGUUUGGAUUUGAGGCGGACGAUCUCAUGGAAAUUGUAUGA